AUGGCAGAGAUAUACAAAGUGCCCUACAGGACCUCGCUGGCCAACGGCUUCGAAGUCGGCACCGUGAUGAGAAUUCGUGGUGUCGUCCCCAAAAAUGCUGACAGGUUCUACAUAAACCUGCUGUGCAGUGACGAGCCGGACAGUGAGAUCGUCCUGCAUUUCAACCCCCGGCUGGAUGAAUCCUCGGUGGUCUUCAACGCCCUGAAGUGCGGCGACUGGGUCUUAGAGGAGUUCGGCUCUGGCUCUGCCUUCCAGCGUGGGGAGGCCUUCGAUCUGCUCCUCAUUGCCAAAAUAAAAGGCUUCAAGGUUGUGAUGGAGGACAAAGAAUACCACCACUUCCGCUACCGGAUCGCAGCAGGGCGCGCGUUCUUGGUGGAAGUGGGCGGGGACGUGCAGCUGGAGUUGGUGAAGAUCUUCUGA